CAUUUUGGAGGUUGAUAACGGAAGUAGUUUGGUUCAUUUUGGUGGAGAUUAAACUGGCCAGGAGUUCCAUGAGGUUCUCUACUGCACAGUAGCCUCACCAACAAACAGAUGGAGGAAAAAUUAUCAGCGGAGAAUGGCCACGUGUUACCAGCGCACAAGGAGGGGGAAGAGGAGAUGGAGGUUACCAUGACAACGCAACUAGAAAAUCUCAUCGUAACCCCUGCCAAUGCAGACACAUCAUCAAAUACAGAAACACAACUAGAGGAAACAGGAGAUGUACACACAGACUUGCCAGCAGCAACGCUUCCUUUACACAGUGUGUCUAAGACAGAGGACUGUGACGACGAUGAGUCAGGGGAUUCAGACAGUGACAGCUCUUCCUCCUCCUCCUCUUCGUCCUCAUCCUCCUCUUCUCCCUCUGCCCCCGUUUUUGAGGAGGAUGAUGAUGAGGGUUUCAGCCAACCGGCACCGAUCAAAACCAGGGAUGAAGUCCUGCUCGAGGAGCUGCCGGCAGUGGAGGAGGUGUCUGUGUCAUUACCAGAAGACGCAGAACUGCAGCCUGUAGGAACAAUCUCCAGUAUUAUACAGCAACUUGUUAUAAUCCAGUCUCUGAAAGACACGCCCCCUCUGACUGAUGACAGCAUCAUCUUUAGAUCUGAUAGGCUGGCUGUUGGCAAGGUGUUUGAGGUGUUUGGUCCAGUGUCCAGUCCGCUGUAUGUUUUACGUUUUAACUCUGCGGACGAGAUAAGCAGCAAGGGGCUGACGGACGGACUGACUGUUUAUUACACACCGGCCAUCAAAGAGUACACAAAAUACAUCCUCACACAACAGCUCAAAGUUUUUAAGGGAUCUGAUGCAUCGUGGAAGAACGACCAAGAACCACCAGAGGAGGCUUUAGAUUAUAGUGAUGAUGAGAAAGAACAGGAAGCUAAGAGGAAAGGGAAGAACUCCAGAAAGAAGAGGGACAAUAACAACACAGAUAAUCCUGCCCACGUUCCCCAGAACACCUUGCUACAGCAGCGUAAUGCCAGGGGUUUCCCACCAAGACAUGCAGGAGCUCCACUCAGGCACCAGAACCCGAGGAAUAAACAGCCACAGUUCAGCCACGCAGCCGCUCCACCCAGACACAUGCUCCCACCACCCAGACACACACAUGUCCCUCCCAUGUACCUCCCCCCUCCCUGCCCCUACCCACCUCCCCCUCAUCACAUUUUCCCCCCACCCAACUUCCCUCUGUACCCCCCCCCUCCUCCCUCUUUCUUCAAUCCAUCUUUCUCCUCUCCUCUUUGGCCACCAAACUCUGUCCCCUUCUCUGACCUCCCCCCCCCUCCUCCCCCACCACCACCACCCCCUCCCCCCCCUCAGUGAUGCUCUUUACAAGUACACACUGAGCUGCUGGGGAGUUGAUGUUUUGGUUCAUCUUGUUAGAAGAUGUAAUAUGUUUGUAGACUGUCAGACAGCUGGCUCAAGGCUCUGCUUGUUAGCAGUGUUUAGCAAGCUGUACCAUCACUGACUAUAAAAUAAAAAAAAUUCUUAAUGUAGCUGAUGGAGCCCACUGAUGUGGUCAGACCAACCACAUAUUCUGUCACUGCAGUGUUUUUAAGUUUUAAAUAUUUUUUUUUAAAUUUUAUUUUUUUUGACAUGUAGACCUCCUGAGGGGAAGUAGUCCCUGAUCAAAAUGGUAUUUUUCUAUUUGUCAUAUUCCAAGUAAAUGUGACCAUUUUCUUUGUCAAAUGUCACUUAAACUGUGCACACAUGCGCACUGAAACACCGGAGAGGCAACAGGCUGCCAUUCAUUGUGAGGUGAACCUCAAAAUCAUGCUGCGACUCGAGACUCAAAUUGCACAAAGUGGCCGAGUUGAGAAACAUUCAACUUUAUGCAGCCAAGCAUUUGAUUUCCCCACUAAACACAAAAUAGUUAUUUUCUAUUCUAACUCAACUGGGUAAAAGAACUUUGAACAAAACGGAGACAAAACAGCUUGUUACGGUUAGUGGAUUCUUUAGAAUAUCAUUUUACUAUGUUUGGAGUACUUUUAUAAGAGAGAGAGUGUGCAAAUUAACUACUUCCUCUUGCACCAGUAUAAUGGCAAAUACUAUGAUAUUAUAAUAGAAAAUAACUGUCCAAUAGUAGAAGUUUGUAAAUGACAUGCCCAGCAUCUGAGAGAAAAGAGGGAACCUGCUGUUUUUAGUCCGUGUGUGAACGAGGCGUAAGAUGUACAGAUGCUACAACUUCUUCUGAAUCUCAAUGAAAUGCUGUAUGUUUGAAUGUCAGUAAAGGCACCUGAGCCAACAAGGGUCACAUGA